AUGAAGAUCCGCUCCUCUCGCAUCUCGGUCUCAAUAGCAAAGGCGAUAUCAACUCGUCACGGCACAUCAAAGAAGGGCCUUAUCAAACGCAUCCUCGCCUUCUUCCGCCUCUUCAGACUACUCCUCACUCGCUAUCGCUCUGUGGAAUUCCUCGCUCUGCGUAAGGAAGUCUGGCAGCUCGGUGAGGAAGAGUACCUUAUUUCGUUCCAGCUAGAAGGCGAGGACUCUGCGGAGCUGGUUCCCAUUGGGGAUCUGGGCUACAGCGGCUCGACGUUCUUCACAACCGCCAAUGAGAAGUAUCUCAUCAAGUCCCUGCCUAGACGCUUUGAGCAUAACUUCUUCGCGAAGGAGUUGCUGGAUCCUUAUGUGUUACAUAUGAAGAACCAGCCUCACAGCCUACUCGUUCGUAUCACGGAUCUUGUGCAUGCGCCGCAUUCUUCUCUAGGUGGCAUGUUGGGUACUGCGCCUACGCACCACAUCGUCAUGGAGAACCUCCUCUACGGAAAGCCAAAGGGUGACGACGGAAAGUCCUGGGAAACGUACGAUCUCAAGCCUAACGACUACUUCUUCCCCGAGCGGGACAUCGCCGACGGAGCCCUCGUGCCGGCCAGUGUGAUUGAGCGUCUCGUCGAUGAAUUCCCAGACAAAGUGCACGUAACACGCCAAGCCAAGGACGAGCUCACAUCUCUGCUCUUCGCCGACUCAGCGCUCCUCGCAUGCCACGACGCAGUGGACUACUCGCUCUUCCUAGUGCGCUACCCGCAGGGCAGCGAAGCACCGGUUGUAGAGUCCGACGCUGGGAACUGGCGACGCGGCGUGAACGACGUCAAGGGGAAGUGGACGUAUCGAUGUGUGCUGCUGGACUUUUUCUGGAACAAGCAAGCUUUCCAGGCGCGGGCGUUGACCAAGGUUGUCAAGAUCUUCAACAAGGUUGCUCAUAAGGGGCCGAUGAGCAUCACGGCGGAUCCGUUUGAGUACAGGGAGAGGUUUAUGAAGAUGGUGGAUGAGAUGGUCGUUGUGGGUUGA